AUGCCUCUUUCUCCCUCAUCUACGGCUGAACGCUCGCUAGACCUCUCGCCCUCUCAAGCGACUCUUAAGGCUUCGUUUUCAUGCACGCCCAUCGCCCCCAGCGUGUCUCGCUCUGCGUCGAUCCGCUACGCAGGCACGGAGAUUAGUAGGAUGCGGUCGCCAGUUUUGCAUGGCCCCGCACCCCCGCCUGUGCGGCGUGGUUCAAUUAAGAUGUCACAUUCUACCUCCUUCGGAGCGUUUUUCAUGUCCCGAACGAAGACCGCGACAAAGACCGAGGCGAUCCCUGGAAGCCCUUCUAUCAGCUGGCUGGACAAGGCGUUUCAAUUCAUACGUCCUUGGGAGGACCACGACGAGGUUGGAGCCCCGAUUCCAGAGGAGCAGAAGCUUGUGUAUCAGCAGACAGAAACUGCUGUUUAUGAAACCCUUAAAAGGGUGGCGAAAGUGUCUGGCGAAAUCGCCCUGGACGCACUCUUUGUCACGCUUAUUGGCAUGCAAUUCGUCCCGAUCCCUGCUCUGCAACGAAUUUCGGAAGGCCUUGUAUGCAUUUGGAAACAAGUGAAGCAUGUCUCGCUCAACCGCGUUGGCUUCCUUCGCCUCACGCAAACAUGCACUCUCGUCUUGGAUUCUAUUCACCAGGAGGUAGAAGAUGCUAGUCCUGAGGUGCUUGCUAAGCUUGCACACCCUCUCGCCACGCUUGAAGAGUCCUUCGAUGGAUUUCUGUCGCUCGUUACUGCGCAGAAUAAGAUGCCUUUUCUCGCCCGCUAUGUGCGGCGGGAUGAGACCACGAAGGCCAUUGCAGAUUGCCACCAAGCUAUAUUAGGCGCUCUGGCCUUGUUCAACAGCACCGUCCAACUCCGCAUAUACCAAGCUGUCUUUGAAACGAAACAAAUGUGCUCCGAGAGCUUCAACGAACUCAAGAUAAUCCUCGAACACGGUGGUGUCAAGGGACGCCCCGAGACACCCCGCACCCCUACUGAGAGCCGUCGCCGUUCCGCUCCAGACGGCCUGCCUCCUUCCUCCUCUCACAAAUCCCUGCGCGUCAUAGCGUCCCCGAGCGUCGUCUCGCGAUCCACCGACGACCUCCUUCCCACCCCCGAGGUCGUUCCGGUCCUCCAGAAACUCCAGACGACGCAAGGAGUCAACGAUGCGAAGUCGGAUAUCCAGGACUUGCGCGCGAUUAUGCGUGCGAUGCUGGAGGGAACGGACGACCAGGGUUUGUUAAGGCAUCUGGGUAUCACGCCCAGCGAGAUUCCGGAGGCGAUCAAGACUCUGCAGAGGUCGCUUGAGCAAGGCGCACAAGGUGAAGAUGGCGCGUUCAAGGAUACGCUACACCAGGAGUUCGUAGAGAGUGGUAUCGAGGCCCUAAGGAGGAUGAACACCGGCUUCGUGGUCGACUUGCCUCAGUGGACUAUCACCAAAUACGAGGUCGACAUGAGGAAGAAGAUCGGCGUUGGCCAGUUCUCCGACGUAUUCCAAGGAACGUGGAACGGACGUAUCGUCGCCAUCAAGGUCCUCUCCCAAGUGACCCCCUCCGACCUCUUCGUCCGCGAGAUCAAGGUGUGGAACUCGCUCAAGCACCCCAACAUCCUCCGCUUGUACGGCGCGAGCAGCUCAACGGGCGAGCAUCCUUGGUUCUUUGUCAGCCCGUACAUGAAGCAUGGCAACCUGGUGGAGUUCUUGAGGAAGAUCUCGGCACGCGACACGGGGGAGCUGAAUCAACUUGGUCCGAUCGCAGAGAACUUACCGACAUCGAGGAGCAGGAGCAUGGGCAAGAUGUUUUGCAAGUUGUUGAAGAUUGGAGAUACAUACAGGAUCCUUGGAGAGAUUGCGAAGGGGAUGGCGUAUCUGCAUGAGCAGAGUAUCUUGCACGGCGAUCUGAAGGCAUCAAAUAUUCUCGUUGACGAUAACUUCAAGUGCGUCAUCUCCGACUUUGGCCAGAGCGAGAUGAAGUCGGAGAUUUGCAGGAUCACCGGUCAGUCGAUGCAGAAUGGCACGCUUAGGUGGAAGGCACCUGAGCUCCUAGACGGAAGCUCGUAUGUAUUGACGUCGCCUAUCGACAUAUUUGCAUACGCCAUCGUCUGCAUCGAGGUGCUCACAAUGGGCGAACUUCCUUGGGGACACAUGAUAACGGAUGAGGAGGUUCGGCACAAUGUCUUGGAGAAUAAGCGCCCGUCGAUCCCACCUGAGUUCACUUCGCCGCUUCUGCAUGAGCUAAUCGAGGCGUGUUGGCACCAGCAUGCGGAGAAGCGCAUGCCGUUCCGAGAGGCCGUCUCGCGUCUUGAGCGCCUGAAAGUCAUCGCAGGUGAUGGCAGUGACCCUUGUAUCGAUACAGACGGCGAGGAGUGGCCUUUGUCGCCUGCUCUUUCUUCAGGUUCAUCAUUCCCUCGGACAAACUCUCCUACGUCCACCCCCUUCUUCGAGCAGAAUCCAUUUUUCGAGCCGCUCAGCGAGGAGUUCGUAGCCUUGCCGUCGCCCCAGGAGGUCGACGCUCUACGCAUGGAGGACAAUAUACCCCGAAGUAUUAUGAGAAUGCCCGAACCGAUCCACUUCUCGGACGACUUGAAGGUUAUAUCGUCCAAGAAGAAUGCGAUUUAUGAAGCAGAGUUUGAAGCAUAUUCCGACGAGACGCUUUCUCAGAGGACGCAUAACGGGAGAGAUUCGCCCAUUCCAACGAACCCUCACUACGUGGAAGCGAGGAACGAGAGGCGGUAUAGGUUCCUGCUGGAUCACGAGUUUAAUUCUUCGUUGACUCUCCCAUUGUGGGAUCCUUCUCCGGUUCAAAUCGGGGAUGUAGGAUACCUGAAGAAACCAGCGGGGAGAUUCAUCACGCUUUUCAACGCCCUCAAGCCUCCGAAGACGCUCGACGCGUACAACGUACCUGUACGUUACAUGUCCGAAUUUGGUAAUGUGGCGAAGGGAAGUCUACGGCUUGAUCGGCGAAGCGCUGCACUCAAGGGGUUCAACGCAUUUUCUGGUUUUCUGACUUUCAAGUCGAAGCCAGAAGGGCUCCCUACGCGCCGGCAAUCUUUCCGACUGCGUUCUGGUCAGAAGUCUGCUCACAUUUACACCGAGACCCCUGAGUACCUCUACAUGAAGAAGCUUGAUGCGCCAAAGGCCUGGUUCAAAGCACAUUGUGAGACUAUUCUGAACGUGUAUGGAAAGGAGCACAAUAUCCAAAGGGAAGAUAUCUUUUUGGUUAUCAGUCUACUCCGGGCGAGAGACUAUGGCCUCCUGGUGAGCCACAGGCACCCCGACGGUCAGGCACACUUCCACGUCUUUCCAUCCGGACGUAGGGGUCGGCCUUGGGGAGAGUUCACCUCCGAUACCUCAACACCUGGAGGGUGCAAUGGACCAUCAUACGAAGAAGUCGACCGCAUCGAACACGACUACGCAAGCAAAGUGUCUGUAGUCCACGACCCUCCGAAGGCCGUCCUUCUCGGAAAGCUGAGAUUCAAGCCGGAUAGCAGCGAACCUACGACUUCAAAGUGA